AUGAUUAAGAAAUUCGAAGAAGAGAAGAAGGAUAACCCCAAGUUCAAGGAGAUGAACAACCAGCUUGGGAUUAUGAAGAAAGAUUAUCAAGACAUGCUUCAAGCUCGUGAAGUGACAAGAAAACAGCUAGAGGCUCGCUUCCAGGAUAUCCGCAGAAACAUUCAGCGCAAUUUUGAUUUCACUAGUUCUGAGGUCAAGAGGACAAAGGAUAUUCUAAAGGCUUUUAACUCUAAAUUUUCGCAUAAUCUCAAAAUUUAUCGAGAGGAAUUUGAACAGAAAAUCCAAGAUUUUAGGGAUUUCAAUAGAAAAAGACUCAAAGAGACAAAGGACAGACUAGAUAAUAUUGAGAACACUAUUCAUGAAAUGAGGGAAGACCGGGUUGAAGCUCCAUAUUAUGAACGUCCUCCUAUCAUAGAGAAAGAAGAGGAGAUCAUCCAAGCACUUGAUGAUAACGUCUAUGAGCUGACUAAGACAGUUGAAAAUGAGAAGACAGAGCGUAUCCUUAAUGUAGGAAAGUUUAAAGAUGAUGCCAAAGACACUUUAACAAAAUACCAAAAAUCUAUCACUGAAUUCCAAACCAAAGCUGUGGAAGAAUUUAAUAAAGUGAAGGAUAAAAUUGAGGUUGACGUGUUCGAUAGGCUCGAGGCCCAAGAUGACCUUGUUGAUAAUCUCUCCAACAGCGUCAAGAACUUCCAGGAUACUUUGAAGAAGAUCAGUGACUAGCUUUAUGCACAAGAGGGUUGAUUCAAUCAUGAGUUUUGGCAAU